AUGGUCCUAGUUACUCAGUUCACAACUGUAUACGCCACGGAUUUCGUCCAAGCUACGAUCACGCCGUCCGUGUCUUCGACGUCGACAUUAGCGACGACAACAGCUACCAGCUCUUCAGCUGCUCUGCGCAGCAAUGUGCUACAGUCUACCAUCUCGACCUCGUCAAUGGUUGCUCCCUCUCAAACGUCGUUACCAGCCUCCUCAGAGACCGCCAUAGCCGUUGCUCCAAAGCCAAAAUUCAACGAUACUUUUGCGUACGUUUCCCUCGCUGCAAUUAUUACUCUUGCUGUACUACAGAUCGCUAUGGUUGCGUACUUGGUCUAUCUACGUUUUGAAGGUGAGUGUCUCCAUUGUCGUGACCUGCAGCAGCAGCUUCGUAAGUGGAAGUCCGGGGAGCUGAAGCCUAUCACGCCCCAGAUGGUUUGGAGACGCGAUACGCUGAACAAGGCUGCUUCGGCCAGCAAUCCUUCUUCGAAUCUCGAUGUCGAACUGGGAUUUGUUGCACAUGAAAUGUCUCGUGCUCCUACUCCAGAUCAGUUCGAAACCGACAAGAAGCCGACGCUCUUCCAAAAAGCUAGAGCCAAAGUCUCACGUAAAGACAAGUCGCCAAUUCAUACCCCGGAUCCGUUGCCUGAUGAUGGUGUUGAUCGAUUCUUCACUGUCGAUCCGGAUGCGCCCAUCAAUAACCCGGAACCUUCUCGUCGUACUACGGCUCUGCUCCCACAGACUAGAUACAAUGCUGUUAAUCUGUAUGCAACUCGCAACUCUCCGUACCCAACUUCUUCCAUGUACUCUCACGAUAUAGACCCUGUUCGUACUGAUGGCAAAGGAUCGCGUGUCUUCAGCGACAUCUGGACACCGGAUAUUGCCAACAUGCGCGGCCCUGUUCGCAAAGAGUCGUGUGAGCCAAACCCAUACGCCGAGCACGCAGUUACUAAUCACGAUCCGCACAACGCUCGUGACAAGGAACGUACCAUUCCAACAGCUCCAGCUACGCUAGAGUCUAGAGAGUACAAGGAAGCCGAAUUAGCCCUGAAGCGCGUAUCUGCCACGGACUCCGAAACGCAUCGCGCUUUAAGCAUUGUCAACCUGGCAGACCAGCGGUUGAAUGUUGCCCGUCAUCCCAGCGCGUAUACUGAGGCUGCUUUACCUCCAGACCAGUCUUCAGAACCUGAGAUACCUAUGCGUCCUAAAUCUUACCAGGUUUUGGAUUGGCGUAAAGAAGGCCUGAGACCAUCAGAGCUAGAGGAUAUCCAGAAGGAUUUCUCACCAGGUUUGACCCGAGCGCUGGCCAACAAGCGUAAGUAUAUGUGA